AUGGGCUAUGAUGGCAAUAUGAUGAAUGGGCUGAAUAUCCUGCCCUCCUUUUACAAUGCCAUCAGUCUGAACACGGCUGGUCAAUCUGCCAACACCGGCAUCAUUUGGGUCGGUGGCUGUGUAGCCGGAUUUUUCUCCGGCCCGGUCCUGGAUCGAUGGGGACGCAAGGCCGGCAUGGCCUGGGCCGUGGCCAUCGCAUGCAUCGGGAUUCCCCUCCAGGCAGCCGCUCAAAACCAGGCAAUGUUCAUCGUCUCUCGACUGAUUGUCGGCAUUGGUGUGGGUCUGAGCUCAGUGGCCUGUCCAACCUACUGCUCCGAGGUGGCGCCUUUACGCUGGCGAGCCUUUUGCCUGGGCCUGUACUACUCCUUCUGGUAUGGAGGUGGUAUGCUCGCGUCCGGUGUCACCUACGGCACGGCCAAGAUUAUGAGCUCGUGGGCGUGGCGUCUACCAUCGUUACUUCAAAUCAUUCCCGCCCUGCUCUGUCUGGUCGUGCUCCCUUUCAUCCCGGAGUCCCCCCGUUGGUUGGUCUACCACGGUCGCGAAGCCGAAGCUCUGGAAGUGCUGGCCAUCAUGGCGGCAGACGGAGAUGUGUCUGAUCCUGUCGUCAUCACGCAAUUCAAACAGGUGUGCGACACGGUAGCCUUCGAAAAGGCGAACAAGCCCAGUCAAAGCUGGCUCGACACGGUCAAGACACGGAACAGCCGAAAGAGGAUGAUCUUGGCCUGUUCGUGUGCUGUGUUUGGCAAUAUGAGCGGAAGUGGUAUCAUCUCAUACUACCUCGGUACCAUGCUGAGUCAAGCCGGCAUCACGGAUACGACGACCCAGCUCCAGAUCAACAUCUACCUUUCCGUCUGGUGUCUGUUCACCGCCGUGCUCGGCUGUGCCCUGGCGGAUAAAAUCGGGCGGAAGAUGCUGGGAGCUGGAACGCUGUCCAUCUCUUUGGUUUUUCUGUACCUGGUGGGGGCAUUUACCAAAUUAUAUGGCUCUGGAGAAAACUGGUCCGGUGUCCUCGCCACAGUAGCCUGUAUCUUUCUCUACCAAGGUGUCUACGCAUUUGGUUGGUCCACGCUGCUGGUCAUGUAUCCGCCGGAGGUGCUCAACUUCAGUCUCCGAGCCAACGGCAUGAGUAUCUACACAUUCUUCUCGAAUGGUGCAGCCUGUAUCGUCACGUUUGCCUUCCCAUUCGCGCUCGAGAAAAUUGGCUGGAAGACAUACAUGAUCAACGCGACCUGGGACUUUUUGGAAGUCUUGUUCAUCAUCCUGGUGUGGGUGGAGACGAGCAACAAGACUCUGGAGGAGAUUGACGAGCUCAUCGACGGAGAGAUGCAUUUCGACGCUCCGAUCCUGGUCGCCGUCAUGGCCGGGGAUGUCGAGGUCACGGCGGACAAGGUGAUGAGGGCCAGCAGCACUGCCGAGGGCACCUCGAAGGCAGGCAAGGAGGCCAUUGCUAGUACUACGGUCAUUUCGGAGUGA